AUGCCGGUCCAGGGAGCCCUAACCUUCCGCCGGCGCGGCUUAGGCCUCCAAGGCAUCGACGAACAACUAGUCUCACCAGGCUACGUGCUCUACUCUCCGUUGACAUCAAAUACCGCACACCUCGUGUCAACAUCUGGCAAAGAAGUCCACCGCUGGACCCUACCGUACCGCGUGGGACGUUAUGCACGCAUUCUUCCCGAAAGCUCCCUGGCCUACAAUGGUGUACAUCCCGAUGCUCCAAGAUUGUUUCCCAUGUGGGCCAAAUACCGUGGUGGGAUGAUGAUACAGCUUGAUUCAAACGGCAAGAUCCUUCGCCAAUACUCUGAUCCCUAUGCGCACCAUGACCAGAAUCAUCUCGACGACGGAACUAUCCUCUACACGACUCUUGAGCCUCUCACCCCGGCCGAGGCAGCACGCGUGCAAGGUGGAAUCCCCGGCAGCGAGGCACCGGGCGGAAUCAUCCACGCCGACUGCAUCAAACUUGUCCGGCCCUGGUCGGCGUCCACAAUUUCGCCAUCGGCCGAUUUCGAAGGCGAGGGAAAGGGUGGCGCAAAGCUACUCUGGUCGUGGCGGGCCAUUGAACAUCUUGAUUCCGAGGCAUUUGCUGCACACGCUCAUCAUCCUCGUGAGCACUGGCCACUUAUCAAAGAGAAGGAGGUCAAGUGGGAAUACGAGGACACGUCGACUGGAGGGUUGGGCUUCUUCACGCCUUUCAUGGGAUCGGCUCAGAAGCUUGGCAAUAGGAAUGUUUUGAUUUGUGAGGCUGCCACGGGACGGAUUUUCGAAGUUACCGAGGGUGGAAUUCUGGUGUGGGAGUUCGUUGUGCCGCAAUUGCAGGACUAUAAGAUGGUCAUGGCGGCUGAGGAGCGGGAGGAGAUGGAGAGAAAUGGAUUUUCGAACCAGAGUAAUGCCGUUUUUAGGGCUUAUAAAUACACUCCGAAGGAGCUUGAGUGGCUGAAGGGUGGAUUCUUCUAUUCAAAUGGACAGUGUAUCGAUUUUUCUAUUUUGACAUGGACUGUGUUGUCUAGUGUAAUCUGA